CUUGAGUGCAACUUUGCAGCUGCGGGAGGAGGGAUGUCGGGAAGUCCUCCCCGGAGCUCCUCGGACGGAGCUGGGCGAAUUCGCGGUGGAUUUGGGCCGCAGCGAGAUGAAGCUGGAAGGGCCCUCUAGCGCCGGAGUAAAAUAAAGACGUGGCGGAGGAGCUUCGGCCUGAUUUUGUUGUUGGUUUUGUUUUGUUGUGUUCAGCCUGUUCUUUGUGUCGGAUAGAGGAUGAGAUGAUGGAUUGCGACUGUGCCUUUCAAGUGUGUAGCUGGAGCACAGGAAGAGUUUGUUUAAUGAAUGACUUAUCCAUUUAAGAUUUCCUUAGAUUCUGAGGAUAAUCUUGUGAAUUGAGUUGAAAAUAGUUCAGUAGUUCAUCGGGUCUGUCUUAGUGUUGCUCUCAGUAUGCUGCGAAGGAAACCAACACGCCUGGAACUGAAGCUUGAUGACAUUGAAGAGUUUGAGAGCAUUCGGAAGGACUUGGAGACCCGUAAGAAACAGAAGGAAGAUGUGGAUGUUGUAGGAGGCAGUGAUGGAGAAGGAGCCAUGGGGCUCAGCAGUGACCCCAAGAGCCGGGAACAAAUGAUUAAUGAACGAAUUGGUUAUAAACCCCAACCCAAGCCCAGCAAUCGCUCAUCUCAAUUUGGAAAUUUUGAAUUUUAGAGAUGGAUUCGUUUGCAUGCCAGAGCCCUGGAAUGGAAUGAAAUGAUGGCAGAAGUACAAUCAGAUUUAGAGAAUUGAGUGCUUGCAGUCAAGCAGAAUGUUUUAUCUCCUGUAGAAAGAAAUCACUUCUGCGUGAAAUUACUGAUGUUUGACUUUCACUCUAAGCUGGAAUCCGAACUCUGGUUUGUUUCUGGAAAAUUUGACUCUAUAAAACUUAUCUGAUUUUUGUUUUUAAAAAUAAAUAUAUUUUUGGAAAAACGUGA